AAAAAAAAAAAAAAAAAAAGCAUCGAAAUUUCUCAGCAGAAAAUUAAAUAUCUAUCUUUAUUAUCCGUGUCAUUUGUUAACGUUGUUUAUGUGUCUGUGGAGGUAGCGCUGUAACGAGUCUCAUUCGUUUUGUUUGGAGGUAUCCAACAUUCCAGAUUCCACAAUUUUUCAUGUCUUAGAUUUUCUUUCACAAGAGUGAGCAAUUCCCAAAAGAAAAAAAAGCUUUUUUUUUUUUUUUUUUUUUCCUCCAAUGCCACAAAAUUGAAAGGCCGUUAAAUGGGUUUCCUUUUUCCCAUGAACGAUUGUUAUUGUAUUAAACUGUGGUUGUCUCUCUCUGGCAUUUGAAGUUGGGAGAAAGUUAUGAAUUUCCCUUUUUUGAUUUCCUCUUGUUGCGGGCAUUCUCAGGUGCUUAUUUGAUUAUUUACCCAUUUUUGUGUUUUCAUGUGUUGGAGUAGUUUCUUAUAGUUUUGACUUUAGAGUAGUGAAUGGGUUUGGUUUGUGAGGAGGAAUGUGUUUCGUGGUGGUGUUUAUCAUGAUAGGGGUUCAGUUCUUAGUUCUUUAGUUUGUUAUUGCUAGAAGCCUAGAACAGUAGAAGGGUUUUUCUCUAAUUCAUGGAAAGUUCUUUCCUUUGUUGUUUGGUGGUGAUAGUUGAAAGAAAAGGGGUUACUUGUGCUGUUGAGUUUGGGUAGUGGCUGUGGCUGGGAGGGUAGAAUGGAUUUAUGGGUUGUUGCAGCUGCUGCUGGAGCUGGGUAUUUGGCUAAGUAUUUGAAUAGGGUUUCGAAAAAUGGCGAUAGCUCGGGUCACAUGUUGUUGGAGGAUUCUAUUUUUGAGAAUCCUGUGUCCCCUAGCCACCCCUAUCAAUUUGCCAAACAAGCAGGAAGAAAUGAAUUGGGCAAGGAUGUUUUUGCUGAUGGAAAGGCUUUAGAGGGGAAGUCUUCAGAUCUGAACUCAAUGGAUGGUCUUUUUACAGGAGAACGGGUUUCUACUAGAGGGAUUACUAGUGAAAAAAUGCUACAUUUUCGGAAUUAUGACAAGCAUGAUGUUCUAUCUAUAUCAAACUUGGCAAUGUCAUUAUCACCAUAUGAUGGUAACUUCAAGGAUGUUGAUGAUGGAAAUGACCAAAGUUCUGGUGUUGUUGGCGAUCAUGGUUUCCUUCUUCCGGGUUCUUCUGUUGAACUGGCUUCUUUCCAUAACUCUUCUGGACAUAAAACCUUUCUCAGGAUGAAGCAUUUGUCUGGGAAUGUUAAUAGACCUUUAAGUUCCCUAGAAAGUUGUUUUAUGGCUCAGCUGUACAAGGAGCAUGCUGAAACAGAAGAAUUUGUUUUUAGUUCUGUUUCAUCGCGGUCCAUGGCCACAAGGUCAUUUUUUGUAAGCAAUGGAAGCCAAAUAAUCAACAGAGCAAAUAUUAAUCAACAGAAAGAAGCUGGUCAUGUAAUGGAUGAAAAUGUAUUUGGAGUUCCUUCCUUACCAAACAUAAGAUCUGUAAAUGAUGCCAAGAAGAUGAAAUUCAAUGCAGUCAUUGGGAGGAGCCGAAGACGGAGCUCUUCUGACAACAUGUCAAGUGGGAAACUCAGCCAUACUCAACAAUAUGAUAAAGCAUUUCUCUUCAGUCUUGGGAUUUCUUUUGGGACGAUAACUUGCAUAAUGGCGAAUAAAAGAGAAAUAGACAAGUUAAGAGAGUUGUUGAAACAGACUGAAAACUUGGUUCAAGAUCUACAAGAGGAACUCGAAAUGAAAGAUUCAAUGACUGUGAAGGAGUUACAGAAUGAAAAUUAUGGUUCACAGGAUACAUGUGAUCAUUCCUUUAAUGAUAAGGAGCUAAAUGAAUUUUCCCCUGAAAAACAUAUGGAUAACUCUCCUAAGUUUGACUCCAAAGACUCAUAUCAUCAAAAGCUAGAAGAAGGUUCAGAAUCCAUGAGCAAAAUUGAAGCUGAGCUUGAAGCUGAACUUGAGAGAUUGGGGUUGGACAUGAAUGCAUCAAGCCUGGAAAAAAAGUUAUCUGAGCUUGUUGAGCUUGAACCAGAGUUCGUAGCAGAUUUCGCUCAAGGUGAAUUACGAGCCGACAUGGUCAGUGGGGAAGAUUCUGACCAUCCAAAUGAGGAUGCCAGUGACCCAACACCUCUCCCUGCCAACUAUGCAGUUUUGCCUCAUGAACUGAGUUUGCGUUUGCAUGAAGUUGUACAAUCCCAACUUGAGGAACGUGUGAAGGAGCUUGAGAGUGCGCUCGAAAAUAGCCAGAGGAAAGUGCUGCUUUUGGAAUCAAAGCAAGAGGGUUAUCUCCAAAAGUCAUCUUCCUUUAGUAGAGAAAAUGAUGAUUCUGAUCUUAUGUCCCAGCCCUUAAUCCUCAAUUUAUCAGGUGAAGCUCUUGAUGCAUACAAUGAGGCCUAUGAAGAAUUAAUAAAGAUAAAUGACUCUGAAGAAAAUUCACCAUUAGACAUCCUUGGUAGUGACCACGAGGAAGGUUCACAUUCACAUGAUUGGCAUGCAAUUGGGGUUCAAAGUGGUGAAUCAAAUGGUUCUAGUAAGGUAACAUUGUUGGAUGGUACUGAAGAUGAAAGUUGUGAUUUUGAUAACGAGGUGGAACAGCAAUUGAUAAGGCAAAUUGUUGAAAGGACCAAGAAAGGUUCUCCUCUUUUUAAAAAUGCACAAAAGAUAUUGUAUUCUAUGGAUGAUGAACAAUGAUAUCAAAUAAUUUUUAGGCAUCUAGGAAUAGAAAAGAGUAAUAUUUAUUAAUACCGUAAAGGGUUCUUUUAUUUUCACUU